AAUUACCAGAUGAGUCCUGAUGAAAUAGACAGAUUCGGCGUGGGGGAGGGGAUUUCCCUCGCCCCACACCGCGUGGAAGGAAGUGCACUCGGCUCCCCCCCCCCGCAACAAGAGGUUAUAAGUGGGAGCUCGGAACCAGAUCAGUCGUCUCUCUGCACACAGAGAAAUCCCGAGAGAGACAUCCGCACAGGGAGAAAGACAAAAAAAUCCGCACAGAGACAUCCGCACGGAGAGAGAGAGAGAGAGAGCGACAUCCGCACGGAGCGAGACACAUCCGCACGGAGCGAGACACAUCCGCACGGAGCGAGAUACAUCCGCACGGAGCGAGACACAUCCGCACGGAGAGAGACACAUCCGCACGGAGCGAGACACAUCCGCACGGAGCGAGAGAGACACAUCCGCACGGAGAGAGAGAGAGCGACAUCCGCACGGAGCGAGACACAUCCGCACGGAGCGAGAUACAUCCGCACGGAGCGAGACACAUCCGCACGGAGCGAGACAUCCGCACGGAGAGAGACAUCUGCACGGAGCGAGACACAUCCGCACGGAGAGAGAGCGACAUCCGCACGGAGGGAGACGGAGACAUCCACAGAGACCACUUCACGGACUGACAGCCAUACCGGAGACACAACCGCACCGUGGAGACCAGCUCUCGUUCACCUGUGAAUAUAAACUCUCGUCUGCCUCCGUCUGUUCACCUGGUGCACGCGGUCUCCGUGAGUCGGGCAUGGCUGCCCACGUGGCCGUGAUGAUGAUGCUGAUGCUGCUGUUGCUGCCCGGCUUCGUGUCGACCCGCGUGCCUGGCAGCCGCAUCGGCAGCAGCGUCGCUCCGCCGGCCCCGAGCUACGAGUUGCUGGAGGAACACUCGGGCUCCGUGACGGUGGAUCACCCGCCGCCGCCGCUCCUCCUCCUCCGCGCCAGCCACAACCCAGCCGGGCCGCACCGAGGCCACGCGCGCCGCCUCGCCGGCAUGAGCCGCCAACCCGGCGGCGAGCGACUUGGCGAAGAACACGACGCGCCUUCCUCCCGUCUCCCAUGCAAGUCGCCGCGUCGCUUGGGCAUUGUUUGUCGUUUCCCCAUUUGCCCAUCUUCGUUCGUGACCAGACGAUGCCGACGCCCUUCGGGCCGCACCAAAGGCCACCAGUGGCCCGCGGGUCCUUGCGAUGAGGAGGUGAACGCUGCUGACUGUGCCGGGGCCCCAUGCCGGAACGACGGACUAUGCCAUGAGACUGCCGAUGGCAAUUGGCGGUGCGAGUGCCGCCACGGAUUCGCCGGCGAGCUGUGCACAGAGCUGGGCGCGUCGCUGCAGUGCGAGCGCGGACACAUGCGCGUGACGGUGCCCGCGGCGCUGCUCGCGUGGCGCGGCUGGGACGCGGCGGCGCUGCGCCUCGUCAGCGGGCGGUGCCGGGCGGGGAGCGCCCGCGGGGGAACCCGCGAUGCACUCGCUCUCCGUCGACGACAGCUCGGGGCCGUGCGCACCAGAGUGCAGCACAACGACAGCCACGUGUGGUUCUCCAACGCCGUGCUGGUGGAGCAAGAGGAGGGGGGCGACGCCGCCGCCAUCCUCAACUUCACCUGCGUCUACGGCCUCGAGACGCUGGCGCAGCUGCCCUUCGCCGUGGUGCCCACCCUGCACACGCUGACGGUGCGGGGUGAGCCGGGCUCGUUCCACGUCACCAUGCGAGCCUUCGUGAACGCGUCGUUCGACGAGGGCGAACUCUACCGCGACGGCGACACCGUCAUGGCCGGCGAGUGCCGUUCGCCCUCUCCCCGCUCGCCCGCUCUCCCCCCCCGCUCUCUCCUCUCCUCUCCCUCCCCGCUCUCUCCCUCGGCGCGCUCUCCUCUCGCUCGCCGGGAUACCGAACGGUGCGGCGGUCUUGGUGCGCGUGCGUGUUGUCAGGCGAGCGCGUGUACGUGGAGCUGCGUCUGGCCGCCCCCACUGGCAGCCCCUUCUACAUCUUCAGCAGGGACUGCUGGGCCACGGCGGAGCACGACCCAGACUCGCGACCUCGGCACCCGCUCAUCGAGCAUGGCUGCCCCAACGAGCCGGAGGUGGUGCUCCACGGCGUCAACGGGAACGGCUCGGCGGUGCGCUUCAGCCUGCUGGCCUUCCGCUUCGUGAGCGAGGCGCGGCGGCGGCAGCAGCAGCGACGCGUCGUGGUGCCACUGCCCGACGUCUACCUGCACUGCCUCGUGCGCGUGUGCGUCCACGCCAGGAGCGCCACCGCCGAUCUCUGCGCCACGAAUUGCUCGGUGGCGGUGAGGACUGCCAGGGCGGCGGGCCUUCGCCCCCCACCAAUGGAGGGGCUCGUGACGUUCGGACCGAUCCGCAUGGCCCAGUUGGACACCGUGGCGGGAGUGGGGCGCGACGCUGAGCACAGCACGUUCGCCCUGCAGGUGGUGGUGCUGCUCACCGUGGGCGGCUCGUCGCUCGCUGUCGUCAUGCUGCUGGGUGGCGCCGUCGCUCUGUGGAGCCAUCGGCGCCGCCGCCAGCGCCAUCCGCCACCCCCUACCCCUACCGCACUGAGCGCCGCCGGUGGACGACGAGGAAGUGAAUCCCAGGAGAGGAGGGGGACCAUGGUAGGGGGGGGGGGAGAUUUGAAUUGUGAAAUGUUCAAUGUGCUAUUUGGGUGGUGAUGCUGCUGCUGCGUCGGCGGUGGUGGUGCACGAGCGGAGACAAACUGAACGCGUUCGUCGGUAAGAUUUUUGCCUGAUGAAGCUGGUUGUAAUUACUGGCGGAACGUCGUGCUAGUGACGAAUUGGCCACUUUCUGUUUCCGUGACACAACCCUUGCUAGUUGUCCGUGUCGGAUGGUGGCGGCUUUAACGACGCACUUAUAUUUACGCGAUCUAACAACAACAAAAAAACACUACUAUGGUUGACAAGUUGUGUUAAUUGCCAAUGGCGAGGCGUUGUGUUAUCGAUUCAAAGUAGCGUUGUUGUUAAUGCGCGAAAGGGCCAGGGCGUGGUGAGGCUUCUUCAGAGACCGGAAAAUCUCGUGAAGAAGGAAACUGCCUGUGGCGGGAGAAGUGAAUGUUGUGCAACCUUCUCUUUAUGCGGCUCGGCACACGGUGGUGGUGGUGUUGGUGGUGAUGGUGGUGGGAUUUCGUGGCGCGUGUUGGCUGUCGUGGCGGAAGGACUCCGCGUGUGUGAAAUGUGCGCGGUGGUUGUGCCAUUAAACUUGGCGUGCGGUGCC